UUCUAUGUCUUUUCUUCGGCGCCCCCCCGUUACAAGCGAAAUGUUCUCAACAAGGAUCGUCGCACACGGGCACUGCCCGUGCGUCAGUUGAGACGCUCUGGUGCCCCGCGCUAGGCGGGUAAGGACAGCUGCGUAAAAAGCGCGGGACGCACGAGUGCUACGAGUGUUAACUCGCCGGGGUACCGGCACAGCCCCAGCUCUCGGAGGGGCUGGCACACCCCGGCGGGACAGCUAUCCCACGUGACAACGAAGGAAGGCGGCAUGUCUUGAUGCUCCUGCAAUUUGUCAUGCGGCAGUGUGUGCGACACGUGCAAUGAUCGCUGGAUUGUAGUAAUGUGUGCGAUUUAUUCGGUGCUUUCCGGUGCAAGGAGAAGUGCCAUCAUGAAAGCGACUAGCUAGUGGCUGCUGCACUCAUCGACGUCGAAAAAAACGACAAAGCCUUGAGAAAUCAGUGCUCCAUGUUCCAACCCGUCGGUGCAAACCUCUAUGUACAGCAACCCUGGACGAGUACGGUGCCACACCCGCUCUCUGAUGGCUGUGUAGCGUCGCCGACGGGCCAUCUGUGUCCGGCGAGCGCCUUGGCUACAUGAGCUACGGGUCACCCACUCGCUGCACGUGCGGCGCUCUCGGCAACGCGCGCUCACAGUCCCGUCCUGCUGCACGACAACAGCAGUACACCAGGAUCAGAACCUCUAGGCACGCUUCUGAACCAGGUGAACAGCUUCCACACCUCACUGCUUCAACUCCUUUGGGUUGCCGAAGUCUUGCAGAAGGCGUGAAUGGCAGCGACGUGGACGCCUUCAUCGAACUUUUAAGCUCGCGGGAGUACCACGAAAGUUUUACGGAUGAUGUGUCCGACCACAAGCCACAGCACCAGCUAAUACAGACGACGUCAACUGGAUCUGCGCCACCAGCUGCAGAUGUUAGUAAUAUCACCAGCAACAAAAGCGGCACGUCAGCUGUGACAGCACAAUCACUAUCCAACGAGAUGACCAUCUCGGAGCAGUUCGUGGUGCAGCUGUUCAUGGACGAAGUAAACAGCAAGGAGAAGGAGAUGGCUGCAGUCAUCACUGCGGAAGCGGUGAGAGAGCCAGAGGAAGGGCACGGUGAUAUCUCGGCAAGUGCGACUGAGGACGACUCCCAGUGGCCUACCUACAGCAGCGCAGGGGCCGGACACCGCGCUGAGAGGAGAAUUGGAUGCGGGGCGCUGGUCGCGCCGUCGACGAUAGCCUUCGCCCUGCUAGCUGCCGUUCUCACGUUUAACGUGCUACUCGCCGUAGCUUACUACGAAGAACGGACGUGGCUGUGCGUUGCUACGGUAGGCCUGAUGCAUGCACCAUCACUGUUGUUCUUCGUGGCCCGCUUCUACACGGUGACUGUCCUGAGGAGCGUCAAGGAACCCUUCAUGAGGGCUCUGGUGCUCAUCUGGUACUCCGUCACACUGCCUGUACUACAUCUCAUGCCACUUCUCACGCUGUCGUCCGUGCUGUUCGACAAGGUGAUGAUGAUCGUGGGUGACCCGUCGGACAUGCGCCAGUUCAUCAGUCGCCAAGAAGACGUGGCCUUCAGUGACCUGGUCUGGGUGGCCGUGCUGCAUGCCUUUCCGCAGGCGGUGCUGCAACUGUACCUGCUGCUUUUCCCCGGCGAACCUAAGCUUGAAGAAUAUGCAGCCAUUCUGCGUAUAGGAUCCGUGUUGUCCGGCGUGCUGCUCAUCGCGUGUGUGGCCACUUUCUACAGCAAGUACGUUGUUCGCGGCCGUGGCAAUGAUGACGAAACCACGGACGGGUCCGCUACCUACGAGACCACCACGACCUCGACCCCGCUACAGGACUGCGACGAAGAAGACACCGACAGCGGAUACGUGCUCAAGUUCGCCGCCUGGCUGCUCAUAACGGUGGCUCGUGUCGUGGCCGGAAGUUCCCUUCUGGCGGCCUGCUUUGGGCCGGCCGUCCUGGCAUGGGCGCUGGUUCAUGUUCCCGUAGUCCUGCUGUGGUCGUUGGUGUGUCGCACGCACUACAGCACGGCCAAAUUCUUCGGUGACCUAGCACUGGGACUCAUCACGCUCGUGUUUGUGCUCGACUACAGAGCCCUAAACCGCGAAGGGUUGGCCAGCACCAUGUCCGCUGUGGUCUUCCUUUGUGCUACAUUCUUAGAGAAUACCGUGUGCUUGGCUCUGGCGUACACGGUGGUUGGCGGUGGGCCACCCCACUACACCGUGCUUCUGGUUCUUGUCGGCGUGCACUACGCGGCCAUGACUUGCGGCGUAUUCAUGCUGCUGUGUCACAUCCGCAUGCGCCACCGCAAGGUCGAGUACGUUUUCUGACUAGAAGAACUCAGCACUGGUCUAGUGGGAAAGAAACGUGCCCGUGUGUGUAGGCUCAGGGCAAGAUGACACAAA